AUGGAAAUGUGUUUUCUACGUGCUCUACUUUUCGUCGCCCUGUCAGCUUGGAUUUUAGCAGACGAUGGACAGGUGACAUUUGUCUCAGAGCUCUCGUCCAAACCGGCUCAGAAGUUGUCAAAGUACGGUUGGUAUGGCAACGUGAGGCUGCAGAGGUUUCAUAUACCAGAGGAAACUGCCAUCGCCCGCUGGCUGUUCUCCGUCACCAAGGGCAACAACUUCAACUGUGGAAAGCACAAUGUCACCAUCCAUAUCCAAUACGGUGCUCCUCCAGUCAUAAAUCCAACAGGGAAGGUGUUUCCCAAUGCGACACUAUGGAGCCCCCCUCUGUCUCUGAUCCUACCGGUGACAUCACAAAGCUCCACGACCUUUAACCUCUCCAACCCUGCUCCCGGAGACUGGUUCGUUGGUGCCCACCUGCCUGAACAUGAUGGGCGUAUUGAGCAGAAGGGGUUUCCAUCUUGUUCGUACCUCUUCCAGCCGCAGCUGUCAAUCAGGAGAGCGGUGGACACUCCCAUCAUGCAGCAGGGCACAUUCCUCCAGCAGACCGCAGCUCCUGACACACCUGCACGCCUUAAGUUGUAUGUUCCAGAGUUUGCGUCCUCCCUCUCGGUCUCUGUGUCGGACUGUUCCUCUGGUGAGGCGGCAGAUGAUGGGAACUGUUCCCUGGUGCUCCGGCUGGGCUCCACCUCCCUGCAGCAGCGCCCGGUAACAGUGAACUGCUCAGGGAUUGGCUGCUCAGCUACUCUUUCCAACCCGCCUUGGGAUACCUGGUUACGGGUUGUUGUGGAGAGCAGCCUAGGCAACCGCACCGUCACCUUUAGUAUCGUCUCAAACUACACAGUGGGGUGUAAGCCAAAAAGCGUCGGCCUUAAAGUAGAUGACGACAUCAACAAGCUCCGCAGCAAGAGCAACCUCACCAACUCAACAUCAGCCGACAACGACACGGUGGUUACGGACGCGGUCGCCCCGAGCAACGACUCAGCAUCCCUGUUGACGCCGCUGCUGGCGUCGGCGUGCGUGUGGAGCAUCCCCAUCCUCUACGAGGAGCUGGAUGUCCUGUCCAUGCGCUUCACUCCCGCUAACGGACCCAACGUCAGCGUCACUGACACACACCCUACGCUGCUCACCUACCCCCUGCACACACAAGCAACCGGGGGGACGCUCAACCUGCAGCUCACACUCAACACUACUAAUAUAACCGUGGCUAACAGCAGCAGUGUGGUGGCCUGUCUCUCUCCCUGGGCUCCAGUCCUCGACCUGAACCACUCUCAGCCCUGCCGCACAGCUUUGUUCGGUGGGUACGGAGUCCGUGUGAACGUCAGUGAUCCUAAAGCUGUGGUCAGGCUGCCUUUCCCUCAGUCAGCAACAUGGUACCUCACCCUGCAGCUCACAUGCAACAGCAGUGACUGUGGUAAUGCCUCCUUGGUGUCUGUGGUCCCUGAGGUGUUCAUCAGUGCCUGUGUGGAGGACUGUGGGACAUAUGGAGAAUGUAGACUGCUCAGAUCCUACAGCUACCUGUACGCCACCUGUGACUGCAAGACUGGGUGGAGCGGGUGGGGCUGCACCGAUGGCUCCUCAGCUCAGUCGUACGGUCGCCAGCUGACGGCCACUCUGCUGCUCACGCUCAGCAACCUGGCCUUCCUGCCCGCCACCGUGGUGGCCGUCAAACGCUGCUUCAUCCCCGAGGCCUCCGUCUACCUCUUCACCAUGUUCUUCUCCACGUUCUACCAUGCUUGUGACCAGCCGGGUGUAGCAGUAAUGUGUAUAAUGGACUACGAUGCCCUGCAAUACUGUGACUUCCUCGGGUCAAUCUGUUCCAUUUGGGUCACCAUCCUGUGCAUGGCCCGCAUCAAAGACAUAUUCAAAUAUACUCUGUUUAUGCUCGGGGCUCUGCUUAUAGCCAUGUCAAUGCAGCUGGACCGAAAAGGCCUGUGGAACCUGCUGGGCCCUGUCAUCUGUGCCAUACUGCUCAUGGUCACUACCUGGGUGUACCGAGGGGUGCGGCGCCGACACUGUUACCCACCUUCUUGGAGGCGCUGGGUCCUCUUCCUGAUCCCCGGAGCAGUCUGCGCUCUUGUUGGGGUUUGUUUGUACAUUUUUGCUGAGACGGAAGACAACUACUACUACACACACUCACUGUGGCACAUCCUGGUGGCCAGCUGCGUGGUGUUCCUGCUGCCGCCAAAGGAGAAAAACAGGGAGGCGCUGGGCUGGAACAGAGGCUGGACCUGGAGCUGGAGACCCCAGGUCUGUGGCUACACGCUAUGUCAGAAUGACAAGGACGAACUCUACACUGUCACGUAGUAGGACAGGAACCACUGUAAGGAAGUGACGAAGCAUUGAUAGUGUAACGGCACUGCGAACAAUCACAAAGGGUAAAAAGACACACGGGUAGGGUAACCUCUGUCAUUUUUUUAACUGCAUCCUAUUUACACUUGUUUUUCUGUCUAAGUGGGAUGGGAACACCAUUUUUUUUUUUAAUUGGCAGCUAUAGCUUUCUUGCGGGGUCUACAACGAUCGUUCAUGGCAAAUCCGAAACUUCAGAGAUCGUUAGAUAAAAAUAUCUAAAAAGUAUAAACAGCCAAACCGUCAGGUGGCACACCAACUGACCUUGGCCCUCAUGACGGUCAAUUGUACAUAUUGUGUAUGUACAUAUUGGCUCCAAAAUGUAUCUUUUGAAUAUUUAUUAAGAAUUAUAUUAAAUAUUUAAAUCUUUAUAUUCUGCCUAUUGUAUGAUAAAGUAUAACAUAUUUAUAGUCAAUUUAAACACUCCUCAUUCUUGUAUCCUCUUAUAUUGUCUUUUUCCACCCAGGCCUGGGCUAAACCUUUAUGAUCUAUUUUAAGAUAUGCUUCUAUUUUAACCGCCAUGUGGUUUAAACAGCCUUUAAAAUUUUAUAUUUACUAGCUAAUAACAAAAUGAUUAGUUAUUUCAAGCUUUUUUCUGCAAAAUGAAUCAUUGAAUAAAAGUGAUCAAAACAGCUCAAAUAAAUUGCUUAAAGGGGCCCUAUUAUGCUUUUGGGGGUUUUACCUGUAGUUUGUUAUUUAGGUCUUUGUGCAUGUAAAUGGUCUUCAAGGGCUAAAAUCCCAAAGUUGCCUCCAUGAGUUUCUCUCCCACACACUCUCCCUAAUCAGAGCAGACUGGGCUUUUUUUUGGAGAAAAAAAAAAGUCGGGGCCCCCCCAACAUAAAUAGUCACGUAAUGGGCCAAGUUAACAUUUAUUAAAAUAGAUCAAUAUGAACGUGAGCAUUCCUUU